CUCUCCCCCUUUCUCUCUCACUCGUGUCAUUUUGAAGUCUGAGAUACAUGUGGCUACUUCACCGGCACGUUCAGGACCACAGGACAAAAACAGCGCGACAUAAUAGCCACAUGGACAGAACAUUUAGUACCCUGGAUGAGACGAGAGAGGCGGGCUUGAAUUAGGAGGAAAAAGACGCGGUUUGAAAAAUAAAGAAAACAAUCUACCGGCUGAAUUUUCCACAUAUCAGCGGCCGUUUCAGCGGAGAAGCAAUAAAGAAGAAGCGCAAGGAAAUUGUUACCGUGUGAUGCCCACAUGCAAAAAUGACCACUGAUCAGGAUCUAAAGAUGGAUGGCCAGCCAGCCACAACUGUCUUUGCUACAAAAGGCACUGAUGUAACACCUAAAAAAGACAAAGGAGUUAUGAAGGUUGUGAAGCGACAGGGGCUCGAUGGAGAGCGGCCGAUGAUAGGGGACCGAGUUACCGUUCACUACACUGGGAAGCUGCUCAGUGGGAAGAAGUUUGACUGCAGCCGAGAUCGCAAAGAACCUUUUAGCUUUAAUGUAGGCAAAGGACAAGUCCUUAAGGCCUGGGAUAUUGGUGUGAUGUCCAUGCAGAGAGGCGAAGUGUGUACGAUGCUGUGUAAACCAGAGUACGCCUAUGGAUCUGCUGGAAAUCCGGACAAAAUUCCUCCCAGUUCCUUAGUGGUGUUUGAGAUGGAGCUUCUCAAGUUUGAAGGAGAGGUUCUCACAGGCGAUAUGGGCAUCAUAAGAAGGAUAAAGGUCAAAGGAGAUGGUUACACAAAUCCCAACGAUGGAGCAAGUGUUGAAGUGCACCUGGAGGGAAAGUGUGAUGGCCGACUAUUUGACUGCAGGGACGUCAGUUUUAUUGUUGGUGAGGCUGAAGAUAAAGGCGUUCCUCUCGGAGUUGACCGCGCUAUGGACAAGAUGCAGAAGGGAGAGUGCUGUUUGCUUUACCUAAAACCAAAGUACGGCUUUGGAAGCGAAGGUAAAGCGGAGUUCAAAAUUGGACCAGACAAAGACAUCAUAUACGAAGUUACCCUCAAAAGCUUUCAAAGGGCUAAGGAAUCAUGGGAAAUGGACUUACCUGAAAAGCUGGAGUUGACUGCUGUAGUUAAGCAAAAAGGGAAUCAGUAUUUCAAGGCAGGGCUACACCACCAGGCAGUCGUCCAGUACCAGCGCAUCGUGUUAUGGCUAGAGAUGGAGUGUGGGACUGGGAUGGAGCAGCAGAAGAGAAUACAGUCCUACAUGUUGACAGCACACCUCAACUUAGCGUUGUGUUUCCUGAGGACAAAAGAGUUCUCACAAGUUGUGGAAAACUGCAACAAGGUGGUUGAGCUCGAUGAGCACAAUGAGAAGGCUUUGUACCGUCGUGGGGAAGCACGUCUCCUCCGUAACGAGUUCAGUCUGGCCAUGGAAGAUUUCCAGCACGUGUUGCAAGUCAACCCUUCAAAUCGAGCAGCUCGUGCUCAGAUUUCCAUCUGCCAAAGCAAAAUUAAAGAACAUCAUGAACAGGACAAGAAAAUCUACGCCAACAUGUUCCAGAAAUUUGCAGAACGUGACGCCAAGCAGGUUAGAAAAACGAAAAGGAGGCGGGAUGACUGCAUGAGGAACAGCGUGAACGGUGAAGUGGGCAUCAAGCGACGGCGUAGGAGUCAGGAUGGUCCAUCGCAAAAGUGACAUUUGAAAGGGAGAAAAAAAGACAUGGCUUCCUUUGCUUUCCAAGCCCAGGGAGCAGGGGCAAGAACGAAGUUGUAAAAAAGCCUCUAAUCCAAACAACUUUAUCCCAAAAUCCAACGUUACCAUUCCUGCAUAUAAAAAAGACUUUAAGCAGGGACGUUUGCAAGCCAAACAGCAUUUCCCCUGUCACAUGGACUGUGUGACUGCCAGGACAAAUUAGUACUGCAGAAUCAAUUAGUAAUUGGUGAACACUUCUAGCCCCCACCUUUUAUUAUAAAAAAAAGAUAGCUUAUUUCUUCAAAAACACAGAUGAAAACCAUUUUAUCGUCAUUAAGACUUCAAACCUUCGCCAUAGUCUUUAAAUGUGCACAUGUACUCUGUAUAAAAGGUGUAAUAGGUCCUAUUAGCUUGGUGUAGACAAGCCUGCAUUCAUUUAAUGUUGGGAAAUUUGUUCUAUAAUAUUACAAAUCCAGGACUAAAAAAGAUUACCCUCCAAACAUGAAUAUGCAAUAAUGCCAGAAAUCAUGAUUGAAUCCUCAAGUUUCCAAUCAGCAGAUGCAGAGAGUAAAAUCUGAAACAAGCACAAACUACAAAUAUUAAAUAACAAAAAUAAAAGCUUUUUAUUUGGUGUUGCUUGUAAAAGCUGACCUAAUAUAAUUCUGUAACAUUGAGCUACUACCUAUGAAGCCAAAUCAGUACUUAUUUUUUAAAGCCUAUACAAGGAACCUAAACUGGGAGAGAUUAUUUCCAGAAUUACAAUUCAAAUUUAGCACCUUGUUUUGGUCAAGUACGAGGCAUUGUUUUAUGAUGGAUAAGACUGCGGUCAUGCACUAAAGUAAUUUAUUCAUGAAUACAUGCAUGAUAGGUCAUUAUUUGUUAAAUUUAUUUUGUUAUUGUCCAUUUAUCCGUCACAGUGCAAACUGUUCUUAAUGAGAAGCCAGGCUGGUAUUGUUUCAAAACUGCGAUGAUCUAUAACUUCAUUUUUUAUGGAAUGAUUACAUGUUAAAACAGUGGCAGCUGCAAAAACUUUAUUUGACUGAUUGAUGACAUUCUUCUCCUGUCGCACUUGUGUGUUAAUCUAUCAGCUAAUUGCAUAAACAAGCAUGGCACAAUCUUCAACACAUAUACAUUUUCAUUCAACAGCUGGCUGUCAUACAUCCUCAUAAUAUAAUAUAAGGUAGUUGUCAGUUGAUCAACUAACUUAUAUUAUAAUUCAGUUGAUCAUAACAACACCCCCAUCCACACUUAGUUGACAGGGCAGAUGUAAUAGUAUUUGACCCUUUAAGUGGGAGAGAGACACAGCAACCGCAAUUAAGCUUUAAAAGCGUAAAUCUUUCAAACAUUUCAUGAUUCUUACAAUUCUGGUAAUUUGAUCAACUACGCAAUGCUGUGUGAAUGUUUUUGGCUAAACCCAGGAAAUGGUGUCUCUAUUUCACUGCAUCUAUUUCAUGUUUUUUUUUUCAAAGUGUGUGAAUGAUGGUUGAUAGUGGACAGUGUUGCACUUUGGUGACUGUAAAAACCAACACUGUUAUCUUUUCAUGAAAUAUCUGGAUAAAUUCUUGACGAUAAUCUUGAAAUGUUUUAUAAACAUUAGUUGGUUCACAACGAAAACCUUAGCUGUCUUAAAUAUUUUGUGUAAAAAGAAAAAAAAUCAACAGCGUGUAUGUAUGUGCAACUGUGUGCGUGUUGAUAUACUGUAUAUUGUUGUUGCUUGUUAGAAAGGUUUUUAAACAGCUUAUGCUAUAUGUUUCGAAGUACUGCUGGCUCUACACAUUCAAACAUUUUGUAUAGUGGAAAUGAGCAUGACGUACCUUUUCUAGCAAUUAUUAAUUGCAUUUGAGAUUAUACAGAAUAUUUAUCCCUCAUUGUCAUCUACAAAAAAUAUCCUGGGGCUCUUAAAGCUGUAUUCAUCAUUUUUGAUAACUUGCCAAUGCCAAUUAUAGGAAUAUUUGGAAAAGUUUGACAUAAACAAAAUGCAGCUGAUUAACUGCCGCACUGCCGAUUGAGAUUGGUUUUAUUAAAAACUGUUCUACAAAGUGUUUACAUGUAUUCAAAAGAUCUUCUCCCUCUAAAGCAAGAUUUGAUCAAUGUGUUAAACCGGCAUUUAUGCAAUGAAAUAUUUUCAGACAAAAACUACGUAUGGUACCUUUGUUCAUGUCUUCUUUAUAUAUAUAUUUUUUAUUUUUUUGCACUUUAAAAGCAUAUAAUAAAUCCAAGAGUUGCAUUAAUGAAA